CUACUGAAAUGAAACGUCAGUGCUAGGGGAGAGAAGAGGUUCACUUUAACCACGGCCCUCCAGAGAACAGCAUGCCUAUUUCCCCAGCGAGCUUCAGCCUCAUCUUUCUCCUCUGCCAGCUCACAGGGCCCGCAGCCUCUGGAGCCCAGCAGGAGCUGGUGGGUGCCGUCGGUGGGUCUGUGACUUUCCCUCUGACACACUCACUAUAUCGGAUUGACAGCAUUUUCUGGUUCUUUGAAAGUACUACUCUUAUCACCAUACAGCCAACAACGACAAACAAACCAGACACUGUCAUAGUGACUAAAAAUCAUAACAAGGGAAGGGUAGGCUUCUCACACGGGAACUACUCCCUGAAGCUCAGCAAACUGAGUAAGAAUGACUCAGGUGCCUACUCUGUCCAAAUACACAGCCCGUCCCUCCAGGAGCCCUUCGUCCAGGAGUAUGGGCUGCGUGUCUAUGAGCACCUAUCGAAGCCCCAAAUCACCUUGGGUCUGAAGAGCAAUAAAAAUGGCACCUGUGUGACCAACCUGACAUGCUUCCUGGAACGGGGAGGAGAGGAUGUGACUUAUAGCUGGAAGACCCUGGGGAAGACCUCCAAUGAGUCCCAUAAUGGUUCUGUCCUCCCCAUAACCUGGACGCUGAGGGAAAAGGACAUGACCUUCAUCUGCAUGGCCAGGAACCCCAUUAGCAGCAACUCUUCAAACCCCAUCUUUGCCCGGAAGCUCUGUGAAGGUAUUCCUGGUGACCUAGAUCCCAUCAUGCCCCUGAGGAUUUCCUUGCUGCUCAUUUUCCUUAUACUGGUGUUAAUUAUUCUAUGGAGACAAAGAAGAAAAGAGUCCACUGAAGAGAAGAGAAUCGGCACUCAUCCAGAAAUUCCUAACUGCUACCCGCCCUCUGGAGAGACCGCAGAGUAUGAUACAAUCUCUAACCCAAACAAAACUAUUCCAGAGGAAAAUUCAGUCCAUUCUCUUUAUUGCACAGUGCAAAUACCCCAAAAGGUGGAGAAACCCCACUCACUGCCCACAUCGCCAGACAGAUCAAAGCUAUUUAUCUACGAGAAAGUCAUCUAAACCGCACUGCACUCCCUCCUGUGUCAUCCCAAAGAAAACAAACGAAUUCAGACAUGACCACAAAAUCUGAGGAAGAACAAAGAACACAGUUCCUUCCUGGAAAACUAUCCUUUUGAUGCUAUUGUAAUUAGCUAAUCCUAUCUAAUAAACAGGGAAUAUGCUAAUUGAUCCUCAUGCCAUCCCAAAGAUG